AUGGAUAACCCACCACCUCUUCCAACCACAGCCUCCGCUCUGGCAACAUCCAGUCGCCACAAUCAUAAACUGGAAAUCUUUCAUCGAUGGUUCAUCUCGACUGGUAUUCAAAAGUACAACCCUGCUCUGGAUGGAUCUGUUAAAUUUGAUCCUACCAUGCUCACCGUUCUUGCCAGAAAACUCAUCAAACUUUUCAGAUCCAGACCCUUCUCUUUUACCACUGCAGUGGUCGUGUAUUCCUUGCUGAUCGGUUUAUUGAGUCCACAAUUAUGGACGGCCCAUGGAGCGUUUGCUGCAGGGUUUUCUUCACUAGCUUUGGGCGAUGAUUUGGCAAGAUCUGUCAUGAGUAUCUGCAAAGACGGAGAGAAAGUGAAUGGGGCUACCACAAGCACGCCAUUGAACUUGUCUAAUUUUUGGACUGGAAUGCAUCAUCUCUCGGAAGGGCAAUACUGGAUGUUGUGGCUUAAAUUUAGCGUGUUGCAAAGAUCAUCCUUGUUGUUUUUGGAUUCAUUGAAUUAUAUGGCCGCAAAGAGCAAUAAUAAUACCUACCAUUCGAAGUAUUACAUGGCCAAUGCCAAGUGGUUUGAAGGAAUGAACGGAAUUCUCUUGUCAUUAGUGGCUUCGUAUGCUUCCUUACGCUUUGCCGAUAACAGGUGGCAUAAUUACCUUCCAAAAUAUAUAGAAUUGUUUUUAUAUGCCUCUAUUGGAUUUGCAGGUGUGCGGACCGCCAUUGAAGAUCGAGUGGCUAGAAAGACUCCAGAUAAAUUAUACGACAUUCAAAAUAGAUUGGGAAGAAUUCAAAAGGGUAUGGGAUUGUUGUUUUUGAGCUAUGUGGGAUGGCUAUGGUUCGCUAAAUUUGGAGAUUAUUUCUUGCAAAAUAUUUAUCAAUUCACGAAUGGAUCUCUAUCCAUGCGUUUGAUUGGAAGAACCAUCAUCAAUCUAUCGGUAUCAUUAACCUCAAUGUUCUUAGGUGUUGGAGCAGCAAGUGAGGGUUUGAAAGAACUCAGUAUGAAUUUUGGCGAUCGUUUCCAUAAUUUUUAUUUGAAUUUCUCCAAUAGAAUUUCUCAAUUUGGAAAACGUUAUGAAAAGGAGUUAGCUGCAAUAUGUUUGAGCUUGAUGAAAGGAGUUGGACUUUACUCAUUCUUUGCUGGUGGAUAUCAUUUUUCAAGAUCAUUCCAUUCAUUCAUGCAAAGAUUGACACAAUCUAGUGACUCUCUAUCCAAUAUCUCUUUGAGACAGCUCUCACUAGAGAUGGGAAAAGAUGUCGCAAGCGUGGUUGCUAUGGUUGGAGGAUAUUUCACUUUUGCUACUGCAUUAAGCUUCUCAAGCCCUGCUCAAAAUGGAAUAUUACCGAUUGAUAAGGCGAAUUUGAACUUGUCCGUGUGUGGUUUUGGGUUGUUGAAAUUAGGAGCCGCUCUCUCGAAGUUCCAAUAUCAAUUCAAUGAGAAGCUUUUAAGACAAUCCUUAUUUAAUUCUCUUCCUAUGGUUUCAAAAAUUGAUGAAGUAUUGUCCUACGAAAAUAUUGCUCUCACUUUUGCCUCCACAGGUACAUUGGCUUAUGGUGUUGAUAUGUUGCGAAUGGCAUACAAGGUUACUAGUAAUCCAAACAACAUUCCACAACUUCAAUUCAAUCCUACUCCUGGAGGUGUUGCAUUGGCUUCGAGUUUGGGUCUUGUGACGUUGAAACAUUUUCUUUCACUUGGUCAGUCAGUUGUGGGUUGUGUGAAGAGUAGAAACGUGUUUGCAAGUGUUACAGAUUUGGGAUUUUUACUUCCAGCUGCUAAGGACUUGGCAUUUGGAGUUGCAGCCAUGGCAGGUGCAGGAUUCGUUCUGAUGAAGACCUUCCCAUCCCUUGAAACCACUUAUUGA